AGAAAGUUACAGGUGUAAAAUGGUCAUGUCUCAAAAUUACAGCUGUAACUUUUUUUUUGGAGGGAAACAUGAGUACUGUCAGCCAUCUUCAUUGCAUUUUGGCGGGAUAUAACUGAAAUUCACAAUGAUACCACAUCACCUAAAAUAUUGGAAUUUUAGCCAUUUUGGGAAAAAAAAAAUUUGUAUUGAUUUUGCGAAAAAUAUUUGUGAUAUAUAAUGGGAUGUCUCAACUCAAAAGUACACAAAACAAAACGGUCCAGAAGCAGAAGUAGAAGUAGAAAUCCUGCACCUAGAAGAAGAAGAAAAAAAUCCAGAAGAGCAAAAAAAGCAAAACACCAAGAGACAACAUUUCACGGUCAGAGAAGUGCCAAAAAAUUACAGGCAGUACGUAAAAAAAGAUAUUCUUGCAAUUCCUGCGAUAGAAGUUUUUCAACACCAUUCGGACGUUUUCAGCAUACAAGAGAUAAGCACGGUAGAAAUCCGCAGAACACCAAUAAAUACAUAAAUUUGUCGUCCUGUGUGAAUAAGUUAAGCUGUUUAAAAUUAAGUUGUUGUUCUUGUGUGAGAUCUUCUUCUACGAAGUAUGAAUUUGAUCAACACCAAAGAGACACACAAAAUAAAGAACAAGUACAAAAUGCGUCUCAAGCAAGAAAGCAUGGCCACAAUUCGUCAAAAGGUAACGCAAAACAAGAUGUGCUGACAAAACAAGAGAAAACUGAAUUGCUGCGAAAUAAAAAGAAGAAAACAAUUGACGAGUAUUAUGCCAAGAAAGUAGAAAUAGAUAAAGAUGAGAAGAAAGCAUCUGUUCGAUAUGUAAAUGACACGCUCUCCGAGAUUAUGUCCCACGUGCACGAGCAAAGAGGAGGUGAUAUUUACUGCCCGAACCAUGUGAAAGCCGGCAGUUUUCCCGUAAACACAAAGAUUGGUAAACCAGAUGAAUUCGAUACCAAUAUUUGUGUGAAAUUAGGACACCAAGAUGUUAAGGUCAGCGUUGACGGAAAGAUUAACUACGCAUACGCACAGACUGAGCAUGCAACAAACAUGAACGUUAAGUGUGAGCUUGGUCAAACCAAAAAGGGUGUCAAGGUUCCGGACGGCUAUGCUGUAGCAUCAGUUGAUGGGGACAAAAUUCCUGGAGAUCUUAGACACGGGAACGAUCUAAUUCCACGGGAGAUGAGAUAUGAUCUUUACCAGAAAAUCAAAACUGCAAUUAAAGAACUAAAUCUGACAGAUGUUGACCUAAGCAGGGAUGCACAUGGGCCAGCUUUAACCAUGACCAUUCAUCAACGUGAUAGAGACUUGACUAUUCAGCACCAUAUCAGUGUUGACAUUACAUUAUCCCUACCAAGUGAUAUACCUAUAAUGAAGUGGCCACGCAAAGAAACCAAAAAAGCUUUCAGCAAAAAGCUCAUAAAUGAUGUAAAGGAAACUGGAACGCAUCUUGUACCAAAGAAGGACGAAGUCUGGGCAAUUUCGUUUUCAAAAGCGGAACGAACACUGUUUUCCAGAAUUGACGAGGGUAACGGCUGCAGAAAAUUUGUCUACAAAAUGUUAAAGAAGUACAUGCAAAGUUGUAAAUCUCGCUCUGAAAACGGCUUGCCAGGAUUGUCUUCACAUAUCUUAAAGACCCAGUUGUUAUGGUCUUGCGAGCGGCAUACCGCGCCUGAGUACUGGCACCAUAAUAACCGUGACAUAUGCCUGAUCGAUACAUUGGCUGACCUUGAGAAAACGCUGAAGAGUGGGCAUUUACCGGAUUACUUUGACAAAAAAGUUGAUAUACUUAAAAGUAAAGAUGCUGCUGCAUGUAGUGAAUUGGCAAACUACCUACAUGAUAAGAAAAACCAGUUUGAACUGGAGUGAAAUUCGUGUGUUAACUUUGGUGUUGUUGUUGUUGUUGUUUUUAGGGAAUGAUACGUAUCAUUAUGAAGUAUAUACAGAUGUAAAAGUAGUAUCCGGCAUUAUAUAUAAAACAAGCAGAUCUAUCUAGAAUCAUUGCGUUAGCAUAAGUAUCAUAGAAACAUUGAUUAAGCAUAAGUAUCAUUAUGAAGUAUAUACAGAUGUGAAAGUAUUAUCCGGCAUUAUAUAUUACAUGUACCCAGAAACAUUACCUUAGCAUAAGUAUCACAGGAACAUUGCAUAAGUAUCGUCAAGAAGUAUAUACAGAUGUGAAAGCUUUAUCCGGCAUUUUAUAUUACAUGUACCUAGAAACAUUGCCUUAGCAUAAGUAUCAUAGGAACAUUGCAUAAGUAUCGUCAUGAAGUAUAUACAGAUGUGAAAGCUUUAUCCGGCAUUUUAUAUCACAUGUACCUAGAAACAUUGCCUUAGCAUAAGUAUCAUAGGAACAUUGCAUAAGUAUCGUCAUAAAGUAUUUACAAAUGUGAAAGCUUUAUCCGGCAUUUUAUAUUACAAGUACCUAAAAACAUUGCCUUAGCAUAAGUAUCAUAGGAACAUUGCAUAAUUAUAAUUAUCGUCAUGAAGUAUAUAUAGAUGUAAAAGUUUUAUCUGGCAUUAUAAUAUUACAUGUACCUUGAAACAUUGCCUUAGCAUAAGUAUCAUCAUGACGUUUAUACAAACUGAUUUGAAAGUAUUGUCAUAAUGUAUUACAUGUGUCAGGAGUAUCGUUAUUAACUUUACACAGACUAUUAUGAAAAAGUAUUGUGACGUCAUAUCUAAUGUAUCUAGAAACAUUACAACACAUGCAAUUGCAAUUUUCAGAUGUUCCUAAUCAUGUUCCUAAUCAUUUUUUUUCUAGAACUCAGAACUUGACAUAUUUUAACAAUUCUCAACAGAUAUCUACAUGUAGGGUGUUUCUAAAGCUUAAUUCUCUAAUAUUGCACUUUACUUAUUCUUAUACCCGUAUGAUCCGACUCAAGUUUUUUGUUAAUUUGAGACAUUUCUGGCGUUUCUUGUCUCCCCCACGACGGUAUAAUACGACCCGAAAAAUGCGAUAGGGACAUUCUCCUUAUAAAAAUUAAAAUUUGUAACUCCUUUUAAAAUAGUUCGGGUUAAAUUUUUACGAUAUCUAUACUUGCUUAUUCUUAGCCAUACGAUAAACAAAAACGAAAACAAAAUAUAAUUUAUAAAAAUGAUAAUAAUAAACGUUGAUAAAACAGA